CUCAUUCAGCGUGUCUGUAUCAGACGAGAAGGGGGUCACCCAGGAUUCCCUUGACUCGCUCUACAGGAAAAAAUAAGAUCUAGUUUGCAGCCUACCUUUUAUAGGAUACUAUCAGCUCGUAAGCGCUGCCGUUUAGAUCGUAUUAUCGAUUCGUUUUUUUAAGAAGAUGCCGAAACGGGGAAAAAAGUGAGGCAGAUUUGAAUAAACAGUUAGAAGAAGAGGCGCAGUACAAUUCAGUGAAACCAGUGGCGAAAAGGUCGAUUAAGUAGCCUACAAAUAUUUGUAAAAUGACUUUAUCAUCUUACUUUUCUUAUAGUACAGGAUACAUACGUGGAUAGAAGAAUGAUAAAGUAGCCUUUUGAUAUCAUUGAUUGCAUCAGUUAUAAUAAUAGCUCAUCAAUAUCUGAAUAGUCAUCAGGCUAUGAAGUAUAAUUUUCACGUGUCAUUUUCCCUAUUUGCUUUAUUCCUUGCUAACAGUGAUCUGCUACAGGCUAUGCGUUUAAACCAUAGGCGACUUACAAGCUACAUUCUUGCUUAAAAACGCAGCCGUACGCAACGUGAUUGUGUUCAUAUUAGUAUCUAGAAUAUAAAAAAGACGAGCGUUGAACUUAGAAAAAGGGGGGAGGGGAGUUCACCGUUUCAGUUGUUUAUCAAGAACAGUAGCAAAUGGUCUGUCUUGAAUCGCCAGAGAGCUACGAUAUAUGAAGAUCGCGACCCAGUUGGUUUUCCCUCGCAGAGAUGCCAGUGCGUGCUGUGACCACCAGGUUCAUGUACAAGGGACUUUGCACUAUUCCAGAUGUCCUGUCCUACCGGACCCCUGUUAUCUUGCCCGAGGAUGAGGUUGAAGAGAUACGUGAGGCUUUCAAAGUAUUUGACCGAGAUGGGAAUGGUUUCAUCUCAAAGCAAGAGUUGGGGGUGGCCAUGCGCUCACUGGGCUACAUGCCCAAUGAGGUGGAGCUGGAGGUUAUCAUCCAAAGACUUGAUAUAGAUGGUGACGGUCAAGUUGGCUUUGAUGAAUUUGUCACAUUGCUUGGUCCCAAACUCUCUGCUGCUGGAAUGCCGGAUAAGUUCCACGGAGCAGACUUUGAUUCAGUGUUUUGGAAGUGUGACAUGCAGAAACUUACCGUGGAUGAGCUUAAGAGACUGCUUUACGAUACUUUCCGUGACCAUCUCACCAUGAAAGACAUUGAGCACAUUAUCAUGACUGAGGAGAGCCACCUGAACAGUCCGGAGUCCCAUGUUGACAUUGACACAAGUCCAACACAACAGGAAAAGCACACGUGUGUGCGUAAAAGCCUGAUUUGUGCCUUCGCCAUUGCAUUUAUCAUCAGCGUUAUGCUCAUUGCAGCAAAUCAAAUGCUACGCAGAGGAAUGAAGUAAAUACUACACCAGCUGGUAACAAAGAAAUUUAAGGACAGACAAUGAAGAAACAAACAUUAACCAAAAUACUUGAUUGUUUUUGGUUUUGUUUAAUGUUUGUAAUACCCACAAUGAUGCCAUCACAGCUUCUCUUUUUAUUGGACCAAAUUACUGAAUGUCAGACAGUGGUUUUCACAAAUCAUAGCAUACCAUGGUAAAAAAAGAAUGAAAGACAUUUCAAGGGCUGAUUAUUAUCCUACAAGAGUGUGUCAUUGAAUCAAAUUUAUGAUGUUUUCUAAGAAAUUAGAUAUGAAAGUAGAUUGUGGAAGUAUGUCCUGUAGCAAUGGCUGUGCGAUGUCUGUGAAAACAAUUAUGUCGUUGUUGAUGUGAUGAGAACCCAAUAAUCAUAUUACUGAUUAUAGUAAAAAAGCAAUACAAAUGUGUUGAUGAGCUGCAUAUUAAGUGUCGGUAGCUUUUAAUCACCUACGAAAGCAUAUACAUGACUGGGUACUGCCUUUUGUCUCUAUUAAAUCUUUGUUAAUUUUAGAGCCAAGAUUUCCAGCCCAGAAGUCCAAGACAUCUACAUUCUGCAAUCUUAAUCAUUACAAAAGAGUGUGCCCACUAAGUCAAAACACAAAUCUGUUGAAUGGAUUAUUUAAAGUAAUUUGACAACUUUUUAACCAUGCUACAGCCAUGGCUCUAGGGAUGACAAUGUCAGUCUGUCAGUUGGUCGAUUUACCAUUUGGCAUAGACUGAAAUAUCUCAAAAGUUGUUGGAUUUAUUGCCAUACAACUUUGAACAGACACUUCUUAUUCCCAGAGAAUGAAUGCUACUGACUUCAAUGAUUCCUUGGCGUUUCCUGCAAACGUCAGCGGCAAAUCAAAGUUU